AGUAACCCCGCGGGGUUCUAUGAGAUACACCUCGUCCUCAUCACACAGGCACUAUAAUUAGCUGUGUGGGUGUAUGCUUGUGUGAAGGUGGAGAUCAUGGUGUUUAUUCAAAGCAUUUUACUUUGUAAAAUAGAAUGAGUUCAAGCCCAAGAACAUCAAGAAUAAGAAGAAGGUGAGUAUUAUCAUGUCUGUGGACGAAAACAGAAGGUAAGGGGGCGGGGUCUCAACGAUAGGAGAUGGAUUGGGGCGUGUGGCUAUGUGGGGUUUAUUUUGGAUAAUCUCUGAAGAGGGGUUUGUAUGAACGCUGUCUGUUGGUGAUAAGUGUGUGUCGGGAUGGGGAUGUUUUGGUGUCUACAGGGAUGUCAACAACAGCAACAGUACUUGACUUUAUCGUGCUACCAGGGAGCUAGCAUGUUGCACUUCUUUAGGCUGUGUUACGUAGGACUGACACACACACAGUGAUACGGCUGCUUCUUGCCAACAGGAAACUGUGAUAUGAUAAUGACAUGUAUUGAGGUCAGCUGGCCCCGUUCCUUACAAGAAGGAGCAGGAUGAUUCCCACAGCAGCAACAUUAUCCAGGUCACCAACCAAAAUCUGGGAGGGGCCUAAAAUACUGUAAUUCAACCAAAGGACUAUCAACUCACUGUAACUUAUUGUAGGUCUAUUUAUAGAGGAACUUAUUCAGUUGUUUAGUGUUAACGUGUUUUUAUAAGACAUUGGCCUAUAACACAGAGUUGGAAGCAGACGUUCAGCAAUGACUCUCCUAUAGACUUCUAGUGUAACAAAGAUGGUUCUGUACAUAUUUAAAAACUUAGAUGUAUUGAGUUUCAGUGGGUUUUUAGAAUGGCUUUACUUUUCCACAGUGCAAAUGUCAGUGUUCCAUUAGGCCUUGUGGUUUCCUGGGUCCUGAUUCUGGCAUUGGACAGAAUAAUCCUCAUAGUAUCCUCAUCCUCAUCUUCAAUCUCAAUUCCACAUGAUAUGGAAUUAAAUGCAACUGUGGAUUGAUUAUGUCACAAUCAAUAGAAGAGUCUUUGGUUACUAUGGCGUUGUUAACCUAGAUGAACUGUUAGUCAUGCGGUCGUGAUUAUGACUCAAUAUGUCAGAACACUGAGAAACACCACUGCUGUUCUGUCCAUAGAAAUAGAAUCAUGUUCUAGUUCUCUGGUUCCGUCAUUCAAGCACAAGACAGAAAGUUGCCUGAAGGCUGUGGAUCAUUGUAUUGUUGACCCAGACGGAGUGUACUUCACAAGGAUUGUCUUUUUCUGAGAAAGCUAACCAUGGAUAACUCUCCUGAAGUGAACCAGGAGCAGGGAGACAUACCAAUGAUCCCAUUGGUCCAUGAGCCCAUGUCAGGCUCCUUGAUGACAACAUGCCUAUGGCACCUGAAGCGGAGGGCAUCCAACUGAAGAACGUCACCCCUGCACAGUGGGACAGAAUCCUCCCGAUAGGAAUCAUCCACAGGGAGGAUCCCAACAAGAACCAAUCAUUCCAACAAGGCGUCAUCCCAAUCAAAAACAAUGGAAUGGAACAGAUGGAAUAUCAUGGACCACCUCCACCUCCCAUCAUCCCCAUGGUGGGAUCCUGGGACGCUGGAGUGAAUGCUCCACGUUGUGGAGAUUUCUAUGCCAGGAGAAAAGAUAUCCGGAGUAGAUAUGUGGCGGAUCCUGCUUUAAUGACCAUCACCAAGCCAGAACACUUCGAGGCCAACCCUCAGAGCCAGGCUGGCAGUUGGCCGGUGGCUAAACCUCAGCGCCCAGCACCCCCAGUACAGAAAACACGAAACAGUGGAGGCUGGCUCAGGUGGUUCUUCGGUGAAAAGGAAGAAGUUCCUCAGAUGACAAGGAUACCAGAUGACAAGCCUAAUUCUAUUGUCUGGGAUCAAAACCUGCACAGAUGGGUUAACGCAAGUCCCAUGCCCAAGACUGAGAACAAGCCUGUUCCACCUCCUCCCCCGAUGGGGAUGUAUCUGGGGAAUUCUAGUCUCCCCAAAGGAGUGAAUCCUUACUCCAUGAAAGCAGCAGAUCAAGGAAGCCUAGGGGACAGGUAUCCCAAGCUAUUGUACCAUGGUGGGAUCACCACAACGCCUCCAUACCAGGGUCCUGGAUCGCUCCCUGCCCAGCAUGCAACACUCAUGGCACCGAUGACUGUGCCAUUCGAUUUUGACAGGCAGAAACUUGGCCCAGGCACUCUACCCUUUUGAGAAUUGACACUGAACAAUCCUUCUGCAACGAUUUAUUUAAUUAGCUUUAAUAUACAGCAACACUUGGCUGAAGUUGCAGUGAUUUUUAAGCUAUUUAUUUUUGUCCCACAGGUCAUUUUCCAGGAGGGAUCAUUUGAUAUUUCAGCAUUUUAAAAGACAAAAUCAAAUAAGAUUUCGGGCUUUGAAAAGUUAUUAAAAGUCUGUAUGUUCACGUAGCUUUGAUAUGUUUUCUGGCAUCCUUUACAAGCCCAUCGCUUGUGCACAUUUCUCUAUGUUACAUACUUUACAGAUGGGUAUAUUAUUUAUACAUAUGUUUUUCAAAAUAAACAUAAUAUCAAAUGUAAAUAAAGUGCAUUUUAAAUUGUACACCAAUAUAUUGCAAUAUAUGACAUUACUUCAGGCCUAGCGUUGUGGGUGGGCCUUAGGGAGCCAUGCUCGCCCU